AUGUUUUCACCGUGCUCUAGGCACUUGUUUUUGUCUUCUCAGCUACGUCGUCUUCAAAGUACGUUGAUAGUAGCAGAACACAACAAUGAGGCGCUAUUACCAGUAACUCAGAAUGCCCUGAACGCUGCAAAGAAAAUUGGUGGAGAAGUUUCUGUGCUCGUUGCUGGUACUAAAUGUGGACCAGCCGCCGAAGCCAUUUCAAAAGCAGGUGGAGUGUCGAAGGUUCUGGUAGCUGAAAACGAAGCUUUUAAGGGCUUUACCUCUGAGUCGUUGACGUCUUUGAUAUUGGCAACUCAGAAGCAAUUCAACUUCACCCAUAUAUUGGCACCAGCAACAGCUUUUGGCAAGUCCCUGCUGCCUCGUGUUGCUGCCAAGCUCGAUGUGUCACCCAUUACUGAUAUCAUUGGUGUUAAAGAUGCUAACACCUUUAUAAGGACAAUCUAUGCUGGUAAUGCAGUGUUAACCCUCGAAGCUAAGGAUCCCAUCAAGGUUAUCACAGUAAGAGGAACAGCAUUCCCCGCGGAGCCCUUGGAAGGUGGUUCAGCGAGUGUGGAGAAGGCUCCUGAGGGAGAUUACAAAACCGAUCUCACUCAGUGGGUAUCACAGGAGAUUACUAAAUCUGACCGGCCGGAAUUGACCAGUGCUAAGAAUAUUGUUUCUGGAGGUCGUGGUCUCAAGUCUGGUGAUAACUUCAAGCUGCUGUAUGAUCUAGCUGACAAGUUGAAUGCAGCGGUAGGAGCUUCUCGGGCUGCUGUUGAUGCAGGCUUUGUACCCAACGACCUGCAGAUCGGUCAGACUGGAAAAAUUGUCGCUCCUGACCUAUACAUAGCUGUGGGCAUCAGCGGAGCCAUUCAGCAUCUGGCUGGUAUGAAGGACUCCAAGACUAUUGUUGCCAUCAAUAAAGACCCUGAAGCACCCAUCUUUCAGGUAAAUAUUUUAAUAAUAAAACAAUUUUAA